CCUAAGUGCUUCGUUGGUGUCCGAUGUGUCUCUCUGUGAACAGCUUCAUAUGGACUUACAGACGAGCAGAAAGAGUUUCAGAAAGUGGCUUUUGACUUUGCAGCCAAUGAAAUGGCUCCACACAUGGCAGAGUGGGACCAAAAGGAAAUCUUCCCAGUGGAGACGAUGCGGAGAGCUGCCCAGUUAGGAUUCGGGGGCAUCUACGUCCGGCCAGAGGUCGGGGGGUCGGGCCUCUCUCGUCUGGACACAUCCAUCAUUUUUGAGGCUCUGUCCACAGGAUGUGUGAGCACCACAGCUUACAUUAGCAUCCACAACAUGUGUGCCUGGAUGAUUGACACCUUUGGGAACGAUGAGCAGAGGGAGAAGUUCUGCCCUGACCUCUGCUCCAUGGAAAAGUUUGCAUCUUAUUGUCUGACUGAACCAGGCAGUGGCAGUGAUGCUGCUUCUCUCCUCACAUCUGCUCAGCGGAAAGGGGACCAUUACAUCUUAAAUGGCUCCAAGGCAUUUAUCAGUGGUGGAGGAGACACAGAUGUGUAUGUUGUGAUGUGCAGGACAGGAGGUAAAGGACCUAAAGGAAUCUCAUGUUUGGUGGUUGAGAAGGGAACACCAGGCCUCAGCUUUGGCAAAAAGGAGAAAAAGGUGGGCUGGAACUCUCAGCCUACCAGGGCUGUAAUAUUUGAGGAUUGUCCUGUUCCAGUGACCAACCGGCUGGGCGAUGAAGGGCAGGGCUUCAACAUCGCCAUGAAGGGCCUGAAUGGAGGCAGGAUUAAUAUUGCGUCUUGUUCUCUGGGAGCAGCACACGCCUCUGUGCUUCUGGCCAAGGAUCACCUGUUGGUGCGCAAGCAGUUUGGUGAGGCACUCGCUAAUAACCAAUUCCUGCAGUUCAAGCUGGCAGAAAUGGCCACCAGGCUGGUUGCAUCUCGCCUUCUGGUGCGUGAGGCUGCCACCGCGUUACAGGAGAACCGAGCUGAUGCCGUUUCCCUCUGCUCCAUGGCUAAACUUUUUGUAACAGACGAGUGCUUUAAUAUCUGCAACCAGGCUCUUCAGAUGCACGGUGGCUACGGUUACCUGAAGGAUUACGCUGUACAGCAGUUUAUGCGGGACAUCAGAGUCCAUCAGAUUCUUGAGGGAACCAAUGAGGUGAUGAGGAUGAUAAUUUCCCGAAAUCUGCUCACAGAGUCCUGAUAAAUCGUUUCUGGUGGAUGCUCAGUAGAUCCUGCAUUUGUGGUCUUGAUUGAUUGUUAUGGUUUUGCUGGUCAUAAUUUACUCUCAGCAUCACACUUCUUCUGGUUUUGACAGGAAUCAUCAGAGAGAUUAGUGUAAAGCAGGUUAUAUUUUUGUAGUAAAACAUCAGAUCAUGUUGUGUUUGUGAUGAGUUUUCGGGGUGGAAAUCAAGACUAUUCUACCUGCUUCUAACACUAGUGCAUUAUCUUAGUAAUAACUGGAAUGAUUUUUAUCCACCCAUCCUUGUUCUGCUAAGUAAUGCACAGAUACGGUUAGACAAUGAUUGGUAGUUUGGGAAUCACCACCCAAAGGUCAAGCUUAUAUUGAAAUGUGUAAAAUAGACCCUGUCUUUACUUUUUGACAUAUCUCACAUUGUAUAACUGAUAAAGAGAAUUUACAUACUAUACCAUGUAUUUAGGAAUUGUGCAUUUUUCUAAGCUUUGGAAAUGAACUAUUUCAGAAAACUCUAGAAACCAGGGAAACUUUCUGGGUUUAUUUCCCUCCCUCCAUUUCCACUGAACUGAAUAAUCUAGUAGACAUUGAACUGUGAACAAUUCUCCUGGUAGGCGCAACAUUUCUCUAAGAUCUAUCUAAAUCUUCAGACUGUAAAGCAUUUUUGAUAAUUGUAUUUUGUUUACUAUAGUUCAACCACUUCCGUUAAUUUCAGUCUCCAGUCCACACUUGCUAUUAACUUUACCUGCAGUUUUACAUCCCUCUAAGUAGUUAAUAGGGUUUCUGCCACUCCAUCAAAGACUUCAAUCGAGACUUUGACUAUGCCGCUUCUAAGCCUUCAUUUUUUUGUUGUUUUGUUUCUUCAGCCAUGUCGAGUUGGACACGAUAGGGAUUUAAGGGUUAUUGUUGCUUAGUAACGGAGUAAAUGUGCCUGAGUUUAAUGUCAAACUGAUGACCAGACAUUCUCCUUUAGGACUAUGUGGUGGAAAGCAUGAGGUUCCAGACUGAUAUGUAGGUACUAUGCUCUUUUUUUUUAAAUAGUUUCUAUUCAAAAUAUAAGGAGACAUGCUCUCCAGAAGUCCUACUGUUAUCAGUUUAUUGAUUUCUGUUCUUUCCAAGAACUUUUGGGAUCAGUUUGAGGAAAUGUCUUUUUGGUCAGAAGUUGUUUUCACCUUGGAGUUCCAGCAUGGAAGGGUAUUAUUUUCUUCAGGUUCAUAUUGUUAAAUGAUGAAAACAACCUUAAUGACCUCCUGGAUGUUUGUCAUGAAAAAAAACUCUGCUCCAUUGAGUCUCUCCUGUGCAACUCUUUCCAGAUUGGAGCAUUGGAUGUCUGAUAUAAGAAGAAAGUCAGGCUGCAACAGUUAACAGCCCAAUUUAGAUUAACGAUUUGAGAGAUUUCAGUUCCAGGGUAUAAAAGUUCAGAAUAU